AUUUUUCCUUUUUUUAAACCAGCCGGAAUAGUUAACACAUGUUUGGGAGCUUUAAGAACUUUUUAAAGGAGAAAACUGCUGCAUUGGGUGGGCUUCAACGAGAGCAUUCUGACAAUUGUGGAUUUCGAGUGGUCAAUGUUGAAGUGGAUGGAUCUGCAGCUUCCGCGGGUAUAGAGCCGUAUUAUGAUUUUAUAAUCGGUGCGAAUGGCUAUCAAUUGGACGGUGAUCAAAACAAAUUUAAAGCUAUUCUUCUGCAAGCAGUAGACAAUAUUACUCUUCAAGUCUUCAGUCUAAAAGGCCAGACUACACGCUCUGUAACUUUGGACAUCUUAUUGGACGAAAAUGAUAAACUUGGUAUGACUUUGCAAUGGGCGGAUAUUACACCCGCGCUUGAGUCUGUUUGGCACAUUUUAGAUGUCAUAGAAGGCUCUCCUAUGGACAAAGCAAAUGUUGUUGGCUACGAAGAUUUCAUUGUCGGAACACCUGAAGGAGUAAUGAACGGAGAGCGUGCUUUAGGUGAUUUGAUCGAGACGCAUUUAAAUAGACCUUUGCGUCUUUAUAUAUACAACUGGUACAGGGAUUCAACUCGUCAAGUUACCAUUAUCCCUAACAAGCAAUGGGGUGGAAACGGCGCGAUUGGAUGCGGAGUGGGUUACGGAGCUUUACAUAGACUGCCUACACCUUUGUCAGGUCCUCCUCCUCAGCCUGGUGACAUUGCGUUUACGAAUCCUUUAGCCCAAGCAGAAUCUCCAAAUGAACACUCUAGCAACUUUAAUGUGAAUACUGAUGAAAAUCUUUUUGUUCCAGCCGAACCUCCGAUGGUUGUUCUUCCACAUCAACAAACCUCUGCAUCCUCGCCCAUUCCCCAAUAUCAACAACGUCAUAAAAAAAGAUCUGCACGUAUUGACACGAGCAUUGAAGAUUAUCUGAGAGAGGAAGAGAUUAAUAGUCGCAAAAACGAUCACGGAGCUCCUGAGCUUCCUGCCGAUCCUAGCACUAUUCCUCCCCCUCCAAGUAUAUCAUCUGUUACUAAACCGUCUUCGGUGUCGACAUCUUCCAUUGGAAGUAUUUAGUACGCUUAAACGGUUCAAUAUCGGUAUUCGACUUCUUUCGUCUCAGUCUAAAUCACCGAUGGAUGGAUGUAUGUAUUCUGGGCUAAUGAUAUAAUGUAUUGGCAGCAAUCAUGAACGUGUUGUUGUGUUUGUUUUACACUUAUCGAAGAGAAAUUGGCUUGUAUGGUUUGCCGAUCUUACGAACUGUGCGUCCAAAAUCUGUGAUAGGUUUUUUCUGCAUGAUUGUCAUCUACCUGUACUUGUAGCAGACUCUCUAUGAAUUUUUCUCGCUUCAGGUCUUCUGAGGUUUUCUUCGACGAUAGUUUUUCGGGCUCUACUUUCCUGCCUCUUGCUCGCACACGUCUUAUGGGCUUGCGUUUUUGUGGAUUGGUACUUUCGCCUUGAACAUCGACUUCUGCGAUAGCUCCUAGGCUCGCUGCAUCUUUUGCAAUGUUAUUCAGUCUGAAUGAAGGCUUGUCAGCGUGAGCUUCUAAAGUAGCCAAUUGUUCGUUAUUUAUAGUCUUGUCACCUUCAGCUUUUCGUUCUUUCAUCCGUUCUUUUUCGAGUUUCUUCUCAACAUAAUACAGCAUAUGGGCGUUAACGUCAAUUUCAUUUGUCUCUUUCGUAAAUUGUAUUUUUGUCGUAGGAAGCUCGUGUGAUAGAUUCGAG